GGUGGAGAUUAUAAGAGAACAUGGCCAUUAAGGUCAGAUUGUUCUUUAAGAUGUUAAAAAUACCCCAAAUUAAUUUAUAAAUGGCAGUUUUCCGUUACAGUGUCCAAGUAGGGCGUGCCAUAUGUUUGGAAUCAGAAAAUAGCUUGAUUCACUGUUCCAAGGCACUCAUGUGAUUCACGUGUCGUCUCUAAAAUAAUACUAAAAUAAUAACAUAUCUGUCUCAAUUUAAUUCACACUGGAUAGCCUCUAAGAAUUGACCUGUCUGCCACAAGAGAAAUUGCCGUAACACCAUUCUUUCUACUCAUUAGAAAUUGGUCGUUGACUUUUCUCCAUUUUGGUUCACAUGAUCAUGGUCAUUUUGCAGGAGUGUCACUCUUUGUGAAGCCUAUACGGAAGAAAAUAUACAUUUUCUUGGGAAAUUAAAAUGAGGUUUAUAUCCUAAAUGGAAAUGAUAAAUGAUUUUAAAAAAUAACCUAAUAUUCUUUUUUUAAACAAAAAUAGGUGUUAUUGGUGUGCUAUUUUUGUGUGAUUUUGAUAUUGUUAUGUACAUGCCAUACAACAUUAUUAUUCUAUGUAAUUUCAAAAUACCUGCAAUGGAUAGGGUGCACAGCCCUAAAUAUAUUAGUUAAACCAACUCCGGGGCAUCUCACACUAAUUGCUCACUUUGUAUGCAAAUAUUGGACAUGUUAUUUCGGGGGAGGGGGGUUCUGUUGUCACUUGCCACCCAAGACGUGAUUCAGCUGCAACAAUCACCAUUAUCUGGUCACCACUUUUCACGAUACGGGACGAAUCUGUAAUGAUGACGAGUGUUUCCUUCGGCCAUUGUUGAGGCAACGGGGAUAUUCUUCUGCGGGUUCACACCUACCAUCAUUGGAUAAAGGCACUCGAAUCAUUCAGGUACUUGGCGUCCUCGAGGAGCAUAUAUAAGCGGCGUGAAGUACUGUUUAUACAAACACUGCCUCAUGUCCACACACACAGGGUGUUCUAGGUCGUCUCUGACUCUGACAGCGCUCUUCGCCAUUCCUUGAGUGGAUACAUAUUUUUACUCCUAUAUCAACUGUAUCCUCUCAUUCGGAUAGUUAUUACGCACAAGGAUUCUGUUUUUUUUCCUGGACAGAAUGGCUGUUGCUGCAAAGUUCAGUUUUUCCGUGAGGAGCAUCCUGGAUUUGCCUGAGCAUGACGCCAAGACAGCGCAGCCUUCCCCCGGUAACUCCUGCUACAGCUCCCCUUACUCCUCCUGGAUGGACAGCGACCGGAGCCCUUGUCUCUCUUCAGAUGAGGGUAGCCUGGAGAUCUCCCCAAACAAGUCAAACGAGUCUUCUCUGGACUCUGAGGCCGAGAAGAAGAAGAAGCGCCGCGUGCUCUUCUCAAAGGCCCAGACCUUCGAGCUUGAGAGGCGCUUCCGUCAGCAGCGCUAUCUGUCAGCACCAGAGCGGGAGCAGCUCGCCCAUCUCCUCAGCCUGACGCCGACGCAGAUCAAGAUCUGGUUCCAGAACCACAGGUACAAAAUGAAGAGGUCGCGAGUAGAGGGAGCGCCACAAGACAUAAACCAAUCGCCAAUGUUGCGAAGAGUAGUGGUACCCAUCCUAGUUCGGGAUGGCAAGCCUUAUCAGACCUGUUUCAUUAACACGGAGAAAGGAGGCUGUCUUAGAACGACUACAUCCCCGGGUACACCCUUCAGUUUGGGAUACCAGUCUUUCCAGCUUCCGUCGCCGUUCGGUCUACCUUCCCCAUACCAGCAUUUUGCCAGCCCGGCAGCAUCUAGACACACCUUUGCUUGGAGAGACUUUCUGAACGACUCAGUUCAAUUCAGUUAUUUUAAGUGACUGAAAACAUCAACAAGAGGACAUUGUAGAGGAACACUUAAAACCAAAUAUGUUUUCUGAAUUCCCUUAUUUUUCGAGGUACUUAAGUGUUAAACUCUCACUAAUAAUGUUGUAUGAGAAGUAGGCUAUUUUGCACAUAUUUUAUUUUUGGUAUUUUAUUAAAUGUAGCCUAUUGAGUGAUAUUUUCGAAUGAUUAAAGUCGUUAUUAGUUUGUUGUAGUCUGGUGGUAGGCCUAUGGACAUUAUACUCCUAGAUUAAGUUUUGUUUAUCCAAUUGGAUCAUUGUUGUGUUUACUUUGCUUAGGCUUAUUUGAUCAGUAAUUUAACAUUUCUGUCAUUUUUAUGAAUUUCGAAUAUACACCAAGAUAUCUGUCAAAAGUACGAGAGAAUUAGGAUAUAAUUGUUUUGGAAAUUGUUUUUCACUUUUGUCUGGAAAUGUUAUAGAACAUAAUCGUUAUAUUGAUUGGUUGGCCUUAAAUGUUUUGUGUUUUUAUAGAAUUAUGAAUAAAUCUUGUACAUGUUUGCA